AUGAGCAGCGCCAUGAAAAUGGACUUUAUCUGCAAGGAACCACAACCUCUAGAUACGGAUGACGUGGGUAUUAGUGAUAAUGAAAAUUCAGAAGAUGAACAGUUAGAGCAUGCAGCGUGGCAAGAUGUGGAUUUAAAUCCAGCUGUGGAACUCGUCGCGAAACUCGUGCGGGAAUCGUUGGAUGCUGGUAAAACAUAUAAUAAAAGCAUUACAGCCAAGACAUCGCAGCUUCUGACAGGAUGUGACAGUAUAUUAUUAGAGAUUAAAAGCUUGGUAGAAGUCCGUGCUGAGUCUCGUCAACGCUCGGGUCAGCGCCUUGGACAGGGCGAUAAUUGUGCAUGUGGUCAAGCAAUGACCAUGUUACCCUUGCGUAAUCCACACGAAUCAUUAGCUACUCAUAUGGAAUACAAUGACGCAUCAUUUAAGAAAAAACAAACAGUGGAUGAAAUGACAGAAGAUCAGACAGACCACGUGCUGGCAAAAAUGGAGGCGACGAUGAUCAGAUUAAAAGAAAUGGCAGAACUUAUUCAGGCUACAAGUAUGCAGGGGGAAGCUAACUUGGUGUCCAAAGUAUCGCUGCAAAGCGGCACUUUCCAGGCUCUUGAGGCAGCGGUGCAGGCAAGUGCUGCAGCAGCCACGGCCACAGCUAUUGCGCAGGAGCGAGGCCGCUCAUCUUCAGCUUUUGGUAGACUGUGCAUGCCGCUACAGGUUCAAAAACUGCAGGAAUGGUACUACUCGUAUCCACGUCCGUUAUUAGACGAACUGACGCUUAUGCGUACGAUUUUGAACUAUCGACCAUAUGCUAAUCCUUUCCAGGUGGGCGGACUGACGCUGGCACAUGUGCGCGACUGGUUCAAACGACGUCGGUUUCGAGAGCGCAUGCGAUAUGUGAAGCUAGCGGUAGAAGCGGGUCAUGAUGCCCAAGCCGCAGAGGAGGAGAUUGACUUACGUCUUGAACAGAGGAUUGCUCACUUGCGUGCCUCUGUCGACCCGAAUGACCUGGUUAAGGAAGUCGAUCGCGUACGGGCCCAGAGCUAUCUGUAUGACGCAGCUGUAAACGCUUUUACGAGACCGAACAAUGUAAGGUCUUACAUAACAGCGUCACAUUCAGUGCCGAUUACUGCAGAGCAACAUGGAAAUAACGCCAAUGGUCGCGGUAAGCGACAGCGUACGCAGGAUUCGGAGCUGGAUGACAUUGCGAUGGUCAAAUAUGCCACCGUCUUGGAAGUAAUGGCCUUGCAAAAUCGACUACGCAGCUUGAUGGAGCAGCCGAAGACGACGGUGGUCACGAACGGAUUGCAGCAAGUGGUCGAUUUGCUCCGUGCUAUGAAAGUUGAUCCUGACGUGCGUAUUCAGUCGGGUCUUGUAGCGGAUUUGAAGCAAAUUUUGAAGGAGUAUACGAAGCCAACAUUGCUUCGCAAGGCCACAAUUGCGCUUUUGGAGAGCUUGGGAAUGAAUCGUCGCGCUGUGGUGGAACAGGAUGCAGAUGAAGAUGCUCCAUUGUCCGCACCAGCAAGUCCAACGCUGAGCACAUCGUCAAUUGCGAGAGGACGAACGAAACUGAAAUUUGAACACAUGCCGAUGGAUGGUUCAAAGAGUAGCAGUGCAGUUUUUGAUGGCGAUUCUUCCCUUCUGUUGGCAGGAGAGCCGCCGAAAAAGAAAGCGACGCUCGCUGUCGAGCCUCGUGGGAAGGAGAAAAAGGGGCGCGUUUUGCGUCCCAUGAAGUUCUCCAUGGAUCAGCUGACAGCGCUCGAAGCAUGGUUCCAACAGAAGUACAAACCUUCUCAAGACGAAAUGGAGGAUUACUUGGUGCAGUUGAAUACGCCUCCGCUACGAGACCUGAAGAAACAAAGAGUAGAUCAAGAGGCUGCCAAGGAAGGAUCAAAGAAUCCUGCGGUUCUCAAGGCAGUGUUAAGUCCUAGCAAUGUUGUCGAGCCCGUGGAAAGUAUGAAUGUCGAUGGCGAUGUUGUAGAUGCGAGCUCAGAGAUUGGACCCCGCUUGUAUGAUAAUACUAACGAUAUUUCUAGCGACGACAACAACGACGAUGAUGACGAUGAUGAUGUUGACGACGACGACGAUGACGACGACGAUGAUGAUGGCAGCAGUGACGAUGGCGAGCAUCUUAUUGACCAGGCGCUGGCCUAG